AUGUCGGGAAGUGACGCAGAAGGGGAAAUGGACAUGGAGCUGCCGAUUAUCUGGCAGUUUGUCCAUCCUCUGUAUGCUCGGAACAAAAAGGAGGACGCUAACGCUUUGGAAGAAGAAGAAGAUGAGGAGGAAGAUGAUGAGGUGCGCCGCAAGCGAGCUGCACCGAAAAUCAGUCGUUUGCUGCGGUACCUUAACGACAUGGACGACGAGGAAGAGCUCGAACGAAUCCUGCAGGAGCGGGACCCGGUAACACAACAGACGCUGCUGCAGUGGGCGACAGGAAAACAACAUUACCUCCUCGUGGAAUACCUCGUAAAGCGCUUAAAGAGGGCCGCCUUCGGUUUUCCCCUCGAGUCAACAGAAAUGCAGGUUUAUCUGAGAUGGGAAGAGAUGCGACCCGAGUUGCCCACAGCUGCGGAACUGCAGAUGCGCCAGCAACUCCGGGAUAAGGCCCGACAGGAGCGUCUGGCGGCCCACCAGCGUGAAGAACAGGAGCGGCGUGAGAACCAGGAAGAAGAUGAUGAAGAAGCCCAAGAGGAGGAGGAGGAGGAAGAGGAAGAGGAUAAUGAGGAAUUCGAAGAAGAGGAAAAUGAACCGCUCCCAGAAGAGCUUGUGUACGAAGCGCUCUCGGAAUACCAUGACGAGUGGGGCGAGCGGGGACAGGGCCUUGUGAAGCAAAUUGGUGAACUCGGAGUUUACUUCGGCUCCCGUAAGCGCGAUGGUACUAAGCACGGACUCGGCAUGGCACUCUUCCCUAAUGGUGAUGCGUAUGCUGGAGAAUAUGAUCACAACCGUCGUCACGGUGUCGGCGUGUAUUGGUGGGCCGAGCAAGGCGUCAUUUACGCGGGACGCUGGCACAACGGUGUGCGCCAUGGUCGUGGUCGCAUUGUGUAUCCCGACGGCUCGCGGUACGUCGGCUCCUGGUCACGCGAUUUGAAGCACGGCGUUGGGCACUAUCAGUAUGCAGACGGGAGCAGCUACGAUGGGGCUUGGGUAGAGAAUAGGAAGCAAGGGUACGGUGUCUACCGCUUCAAAGAUGGUUCAUCCUUCCAUGGGAGUUUUGUUGACAACGUCUUCACGGCCGGGGAGUGGAGGCUCGCAUCUGGCGUUACACGCUACUAUGGAAACUUUGAAAAGGAUGCGCCCAUAGGUGCUGGUGUGUUUGUACAUCGCCUUGGUUCCACAGCACAUAGAGCCUUUCAGCAGGAGGGCUUUUACCACAAGGGCGAAUGGCAUCCCGGCGUCCUGUAUGGCACGACACGCGUGCCGCCACGGCUUGAAGUGGUUGCUCCACAUCAGGAGGAGCCACGGCGGGUACCCAUGAUAUUCGCACCGGAAUGCAACGGCGGUUCCAUGGCGGAAUUGGUGAAAGCUGCCAACUUUCCUCCGCUGCAGUGGUGGUUGAAGUCCCUCGUCCCGGUUAACCUUGCAGCGGCGUAUGAGGGAUCGGGGGGCGGUGCCGCUGCCGCAGCCGCGCCUGUUGACAAUAACCCAGGCAACAAUCCAAACACUGGCAAUACCCACGAGAAAAUGUGCCAAAACGCAGGUAAGGGAUUAGGAGUAAUACUCACAUCGGUUGAAGUUUGCUCCAUAAGGUAUGGCACCGACGACCCGAGUCUCGUGGUGGAGCUGCGUAUCCGUCCGGUGCUGCAAAACGCAGCGGGGAAGCGACUUCGGCUUUCCCCAACGGGUGACGAAACGAUCAUCUUGAAGGAGCGUACCACACGGUUGCUGAUGAUCCUGGAACCUGUGGAUAGGGGGCAUGGGUCAUCACAAUCGACCACACCACCGAUGGUCAUACUGGAGCGGGGACCGCAGUUGACAUGCGCAGGCCCGGCUCAUAUGCAGAACCGCCUGCCAACAGUGGAACUCACCGCCGGAGGAACGAUCGAAGGAGCCUUCGCCCGUGCUAUUCAACCCCCCCUACGUGUGACACUGAAUGCGUCCACCAUAACUCAACUGGUCCGACCUCUACGCAGCAGUCCACUCCACGGUAAUGCAGAAGAGGAUGUGAUCAUGUACGUUCAGCAAUGGGAACCCGAUGCACUUGCGAAGCUGGAGGAAAAGUUGCAAGUGGCGUCGAACUCACUCUUGCCCACACCCUUGGAAACCGAAGAAGCAACGGGGGAGGGUGGAGAAGGUGGGGAAGACGUCCCAGCAAAAGAGCAGGCACAGAAACCUCCAACGGAGGGCAUUACGUAUAUUUGCCGUCCUUUAAGUGCUGUCCCACAGGAAUCGCAAGACGCUGUGACAAUCAUUGCCACAACGCUCGUACUCCGCAGACGGGCUAAAACACUGUUGCCGAUGGAAACUGCAACGAAGCAGCGGCCGCCCACUCCGAUUCCACCGCAACCAGAGCCGCGGCCCGAGUUACAGCCGUUGUUCGAGGCCCGUGAGGCCAUGAAGAGGGCGGAGGAAGCGGGGAGUGAUGAUGAUGAUGACCCUGCUGCUGCUGUGGCGACCAAGGAAUAA